UCUUCGGUCUUCCUUUUGUUCGCUGCGUUUUUUCGUUCUUGUUCCGCUGUCGCUCGUUCUGACUUGACGUGUACUUGUCGCUGAAGUUGGAAUUUUCCACUUUUAUUUGUGAAUUUCUGCUAAUUUUUGUUCAAUUCUGUGAGAAUUAUGGCUGCUACCGCUGAAACUGUCCCAGAAACAGUAGCUGCUCCUGAAAAGGAAACAGAACAGAAAGAAGAAGUCUCCAAGUCAGACGUAAAAGAAGUUAAGGAUGAAGAACCGAAGGAAGUUGCUGAAGAAAAAAAUGGUCACAGUGAAUCUGACGAAGGAAAAAAGAAUGGCGUGGCUAAAGCCGAAGAAGAAAAAACGAAUGGCAUCACAAAGAAUGACGAAGAAAAGAAUCACACCGAGAAAACAAAUGGAACUACCGAAGAAAAUGAAUCAGAGGAAGUUUCAGAUGCCUGUCCAGUAAAGAGGAAAUCAGAAGCUGCAGACAUCCCAGACUCCAAAGUCUCAGAAGAGGAUGCUGUCAGUUGUGAGAAGAAAGCUAAAAUCGAGGAAAAAUUAGCUGCAGCAAAGGGUGAAGAAGUACUUAAUUCUGAAGAAGCUGAAGCAACCGCUUAGAUCUCUUCCUUUUUGAAUCUCCUUUUUCAUUAUCUGUGAAGUCGUAAAUCUCAUCUACCAAGCCAACAAAUGUGUCUGUCAUCAUAUCUGUCAAACUUAAACUAGUAUUUAACCUUUUUCUCUUUCUUUAUAUUUUGUAUGUACUAUUCAAGUGUGGUAUUUAUUGAGGAUGAUCGUACUUAUACCCAUAUUCAUCUAAUCCUGUGAAAAUAGUCCAUGAAAGAUGGAAGGCUCAGUAGGCCCCUCAUGCCAGUCUGACAAGAGGUCCGGGUAGUAGAUUCCUGUCCUAAGAGCUGUUUAUUUCUAAUUCCCUCUUGUCCCUCAUGACGCAGUAUUUUUCACUUAUUCAACUUUUCUCUUAGCUCUUCAAUAUCUCCAAUUUUUGUAACUACUAUUCCUCAAUUUUUACAUUACCUACGAUUGUUCCUCUGCUAUAAUUUAGAUGUAUUUUGUCAGCAUUAUUCCACUUUUUUAUCACACCUGAUGCCUCACUAUUGAGCUGAAAAAAUUGUGAGUCACAAGCCACUUCACCAUCUCAGUCUCUCAGUUAAAGCCUGCCGGAUCUCAAAGCCCGGUUUUAAUCACAGAGACCUUUGGAAUUGGUUUGUAAAAACAUUUUCAUGUGGCAGUUGAUACCUCGCCGUGAAUAUGCUGUUAAAAACAGGAAGUUGAAAUCUGACAAACGGCAACACAUUGGUACUUGAUCAUCAGGUUCCUAAGAUUUUCUGCUCAGUUUUUUGAGCACUAAAUAAUUUUUAUUCCUAGACGAUUUUAAUUUUAGUUUUUGUAUGACGACUUAGACGUUCAAGAAAUAAUUUAAGCUGCAUUUUCAGUAUUAAUAAGGUAAUUGAACUGUUGGAUCCUUCGCCCCUCAGCUCUAAAAUGAGCAUUGUUCUUACCUCUUGCAGAAUCUUUCGUAUGUAGCUCACAUGUCCUUUUUCGGUCCCGGUAUGUUUUAUUUUCUUUUUGUCUCACAAUUAUUGUAUUCGUUUCCUACUCUUCAAAAAGAAAUUAAAGAGAAAAUUACGAAUAGUUAUGGGGAUAUCGUUAAAAAUAUUUUUAAUUUUGGUGAAGGUAAUUUUUAUGUUUUCCCUGUUUUAGCAAAUAUCUGUCUUUUCCUCUAGAAUUCCUCUAUGGUUAAAAAUUAAUUUCAGCAGGACGAUUCAACUGUUCAAAAUAAAGAGGUAGUAGGAAUUGCUCCCAGUUCUGGAACCUUCAUGAGUUUUAUCUAUCUAAUUUUUCCUUGAAUACAUCUUCAAUGAUAGUUUUCCUCUGAACCCCUCGAAUCGAUAAUUUUAUUACAAGUCAGUCUUUGGCCUUUUUUCAGUGCUUAUAUUUUUGUAUUUCUUUUCCUGGAUAUUAGCAAUAAAUGAUUCCUUCAGAACUA